GGGAAAUGGGCAGGACAAUUAACCUCCAUGGGUUUGCUUCUGCUGUGACUGAAGCAGAGGUGACAGAGUUUCUGGAGGAAUAUACAGGGAAAGGAACUGUUGAGGCAGUAAGUGUUGGGCAGUCCAAGAAAGAAGGCUCAAGAGCUCAAGCCAGAGUUCAAUUUAAAGCCGUUGAAGAUGUUGUAAGAAUCUUGCACUGGGCAGCUAACCAAGCUCUUUGGUACAAUGGUUCUUAUUUGAAAGCCUGGCAAUUGCACCGUAACAUUAUCCCACAACCAAAGCCACAGUUGCAUAGCAUAGAUGAUUUGAUGUUGCAUUUUGGUUUUCAAGUUUCGAAAGAAAAGUUUUCUGUCCUUUGGAAACAGGCUUAUGUCUCCUUUAAGUUUGGUCAGAAAUUGGACAAAUUAUACUUCUUUCUGUCUUAUAAUUCUAUGAACUACAAGCUUGAACUGUUCAACGACAAUGUUUGGCAGAUUGUGUUACAUUAUCCACCUGAUGAAACUCAGAAGUGUCUGCUCAUCAUUCAGUUACUUGGGGCCCCUCGGAUCUAUGAGAAAGAUGUGCCUGCUCUCGACUCUUCUAGGGAAGUUACAGGGGUUGACCUGUGGAUUAGGGGAGUUGAUUUUACUCCGGACCAUUGUAUUGGUCAAUCCUUUGCUUUAUGUUUGGAGCUUCCCCGAAAAGUGCAACUCCCAAGAUUUGAUGAGAGUUUUUACUACGAGGAAGUUGAAGACAAUUUCCUUCUCCAGAAUGGUUCUACUUUUUCUUCCAACCCUGAUCUUGUUCCGAUAAUCAGUCCACCUCCAGGUUUUGACUUGCCUUAUGGUAUCUUGUUUAAAGUAAAUUCUUUGGUUCAACACGGUUGUCUUCCUCCCACAUCUCUUGAUGCCAGAUUCUUUAAGUUGGUUGAUCCCUGUAGAAUAGAUAUUGCAUUCAUAGAACAUGCAUUAGAGAAACUGUAUAGCUUCGGAGAAUGUUGCUAUAAACCUGUUAAGUGGCUGAAAGAGCAGUAUAAGAAAUACCGCCAGUCGGUGAAACCUCCUAGACCUCCCAUUCUUGCAUUUGAUGAUGGAUUGGUAGCUGUGAGAAGGAUUCAAGUGACCCCAUCCAAGGUGUAUUUCUGUGGUCCGGAAGUGAAUCUUUCUAAUCGUGUUCUUCGUAAUUAUAUUAAAGAAAUGGAUAAUUUUGUUCGGGUUUCUUUUGUUGAUGAGGAACUAGGAAAGAUACAUUCAACCGAUUUGUCUUCAAGCACAUCUGUUAGUGAUGGAAAGCACACUAGAAUUUAUCAAAGGAUAUUAUCAACUCUUAGAAAUGGAAUAGUUAUUGAGGAUAAGAAAUUUGAAUUUCUUGCUUGUUCAACAAGUCAAUUACGAGAAAGCUCCGUUUGGAUGUUUGCAUCAAGACCUGGGCUUACUGCAGUGGAUAUCAGAGAGAAAUUGGGUCAUUUUCGUUUCAUAAGGAAUGUGGCCAAGUAUGCUGCCAGAUUAGGUCAGUCUUUAAGCUCAUCUAGGGAAACUUUAGAAGUGAGCAUGAAUGAAAUUGAGGUAAUUCCUGACAUUGAAGUUGAAAGUGGUGAGACUAAGUAUGUUUUCUCUGAUGGUAUCGGAAAAAUAUCUACUCAACUUGCAAAGGCAGUGGCUGAGAAAUGUAGCUUGACAAGUUACACUCCAUCUGCGUUUCAAAUUCGGUAUGGUGGUUACAAAGGAGUUGUAGCUGUCGAUCCAUCGUCUUCAGUAAAAUUAUCAUUGAGAAGAAGCAUGCAGAAGUAUGACUCAGAUGGUACAAGUCUAGAUGUUUUAUCAUGGAGCAAGUAUCAUGCUUGUUUUCUUAAUCGCCAAAUAAUCAUCCUUAUGUCUACUCUUGGGGUUGAAGAUUGUGUUUUCGAAACGAAGCAGAGAGAGGUUUUAGCUCAAUUGGAUGCAAGUUUGAUGGAUCCAGAAAGGGCAAGGGAGGCACUGGAGUGGAUAUGUCAUGGAGAAAUUGCCAGAGUUCUAAGAGCAAUGCUUUUGUGUGGUUAUAACCCAGAUUCAGAACCAUUUCUGUCAAUGAUGCUACAAACAAUUCAUGCAUCGAAAUUGCUAGAUUUGAGGACCAAAACAAGGAUUUUUGUUAAGGAUGGAAGGAGUAUGAUGGGAUGUCUAGAUGAAACUGGGACACUAGAAUAUGGUCAGGUGUUUGUGCAGUGCUCUCUCUUUAAACCGAGGCAAUUUUCAAACGAUUCCCUCUUAACAGUCAACGAUGUUAGAUCGGAUCGAAAUUGCCAUGUUGUUGAGGGGAAGGUAGUUGUUGCUAAAAACCCUUGUUUGCACCCUGGAGACCUUCGUGUUCUGCAGGCUGUGGAUGCCCCGGUUUUGCAUCACAUGGUGGAUUGCAUUGUUUUCCCACAGAAAGGAAAUAGACCUCAUCCAAAUGAAUGUUCUGGUAGUGAUCUGGAUGGCGAUUUGUAUUUCGUUUGUUGGGAUAAAGAUCUCCUUCCUCCCUGCCAAUUUCCGCCCAUGGAUUAUGGUACAUCACCAAAUGCCAUUUUGGAUCAUGAUGUUACCAUAGAGGAGGUAGCAGAGUAUGUUACCAACUACAUACUCAAUGACAACUUGGGAAUCAUUUCAAAUGCACACACUGUCUUUGCAGAUAGGGAGCCCCUUAAGGCAAGGAGUCAGCAAUGCAUUGAGCUUGCCAAGCUAUCAUCCAUUGCAGUUGACUUUCCUAAAACUGGUAUUCCAGCCAAAGUACCCCAUCGUUUACGCGCCCUAGAAUAUCCUGAUUUCAUGGAAAAGCCUGAUAAACUCACCUAUGAAUCACAAAGUGUGAUUGGAAGGCUUUACCGCGAGGUGAAAAGUAUCGCAACAGGGGUGAGUACUGGUGUUAAACAUUUCACCAAGGAAGUAGCAGAGCAAUCCUAUGACUUUGACAUGGAAGUUGAUGGCUUUCUGGAUUAUGUCAAUGAUGCUAUGUAUUACAAAGGUCAGUAUGACUACAAACUAACUAACCUGAUGCGUACCUAUGGGGUCCAAACCGAAGCUGAAAUGAUCAGUGGAUGCAUCAUGAAAGUGUCAAAAUCUUUCGACCGAAAAAGAGACUUGGAAACAAUUGUUUUGGCAGUGAAGUCAUUGAGGAAAGAAGCACAAAGUUGGUUCAAUGAGAAAGGAAGUGAUGAAUUAAAUUCUGAUGAUGAGAAUGUAUUUGCAAAAGCUUCAGCAUGGUACCAUGUGACAUACCAUUCUAAAUUCUGGGGUUUCUACAAUGAUGGAGUUGAUCGAGAGCAUUUCAUCAGCUUUCCAUGGUGUAUCUAUGACAAGCUUCUCCAAAUCAAGGAGAAAAAUAGGGAAAGAUCUUCCCAUUUCUCAUCACCAGAAGAAUGUAAACCCAAUCCUGGUGGGUUGAAUUCUGAUGAGAAACCUAGUUGGCGUCUUUGUUCUUUCAUGUGAAUCAAGCAUUUCAAAAACUUGUACAACUCUUAAUUUGUUUACACUUACAGUAACCUUAACUCUAUGUUUAUGAUGUUUUCCGUUUAAUCUUUGUCCAUUGUAAAAC